UGUGCCGUGCGCCGCGGGAGCCGGGAGGACGCGCGGCCAUGGCGGCUCUGUGGCCCGGGAGGAAGACCUUUCUCCCUCUCCUGUGCCGCGCUUUCGCGGGCCCCGGCCGCCAUUCGGUCCCGGAGCGCGGCGCCGGGCUCAGGGAUGCGGAGCCGGGCGGGGUCUCAAGAUUCUGCCCUCCCCAGAAAUCUUGCCACGAUUGGAUAGGACCCCCAGAUAAAUAUUCAAACCUUCGACCUGUUCAGUUUUACAUCCCCGAAAAUGAAUCACCAUUGGAACAAAAGCUGAGAGAAUUAAGACGAGAAACACAAGAAUGGAAUCAACAAUUCUGGGCGAAUCAGAAUUUGACUUUUAGUAAGGAAAAGGAAGAGUUUAUUCACUCGAGACUGCAAGCUAAAGCCCUGGGCUUGCAGGCUGCAUCAGGUUAGUCAAAAGCAACACUGAGUGCAGAGGAAAUGGCUGACUUCUACAAGGAAUUAAAUAAAAAUUUCCAGAAGCACAUGAUUUAUAACAGAGCCUGGUACAAGCGUAACUUCACCAUCACCUUCUUCAUGGGGAAAGUGGCCCUGGAGAGACUGUGGAAGAGGCUUGGGCUGAGGCAGAAGCCGGCCAGCACUGGACGGGGCGUGGAUUCUUAAAAACUGCAAGCUAGCCCGGGACCCCACAUUUCCUUCUCGGACCUGUUGCCUGUGUUCUGGCCCCCAAGGGCCCUGAGUACCGAAGUUGAUGUGGGGCAGGGCCGCCUGGAGAGUGCAGGUCCCAGCCUGCCACGGGCCUCGGAGCCCCCUCCCAACUGCUCCCCAAGCCGGCUCGUCGUGGCGACGUGGUGUUAAAGAAAGCCCAGGCACCAGAUGCUGGAUGGCUGCUGUUUUCCAUGUUGAAUUGUUACCUUGAAAGCUGGGACUCUCUGUGAAGGGACUGCUUUGGAAGCCGGCGGCCAGGUGGCCUGUGGGCACCCACAGUGUCCUGGUGGAGGGGCUCUCUGGCUGGUGAAUGCAAGUCUGGUCACCCCCAUGCUGCUAGGGCAGCCUCAAGUUGUUUGCGGCCUCAGGAGUACAUGCUGAGUAAAAUGCAGUUGUCCUGAAACGUGGAAGGUACAGACUUUAAAAGCAGCUGCAGUUCCUUGUCAGAGAAACCUGAAGUGACAGUGGAGGCUCCCUCCGGCUUUUCUCGGGUUAGUCCAGUGCACACAGAGACUGUUAGCCAAGGAUUCCUCAGCAGCUCGCUGCUGGGUCGAGUCAUGUUUUUAAAGUGCUUUUAAAAUGAGCCUCAUUUUGCAUCCCUGAGAGGACUGAAGACAGAAAGGCCGCGGCGGGGUUGUUAGCAGGUGUCCUCCUGGUUCUUCCCGGCUUGCUUUCAAGCAGCUUCAGCCACAGUGUCUGGGGCUGGGAUGUGUGCUUGAGUGUGUGCAGGUGCCAGGGCAGCGGUUAUGUGGGUGAGUUUGGUAAAUAUGGGGGCAAAUGAGCAUCACCUGAAACAAGUGUGGUCAUAAAGCCAUGAGCCCUCUGCGGCCACACUGCCCGGGCCACAGGCCAAGUGGCAGCACUCGGGGUCCCGCCCCUGCGGAAUCGCCCGUCAUCACACAUGUCCUCUGAGGAGAGGCCAGCUGUUUGGAAUGAACCAGAAGCCACUUGGCAGGAGACCUUUGUUUCAGUAAAGUAGUGAGCCUGGACUUCCUCGGUGGCAUGAAGAUGAUUCCAAAGAGGAAUUCUAGAAGAGUAAGAGCGCGCAUGCCAUCCCCCCAGAGACUUCUAGCGCCCCGGUGGGAUGUGUGACGCUGAGGGUCAGAACCUCCUCACCCUGGUGUGCCUGAAGAGAAAAGCGCCAAGCGGCAGUGGCCGGCGGGGCCAGGGCACUGGGCAGCUGCUGGGGGCAGGGGACGGGGAUCCAGGGCCCAAGCUGCGUUCUGGCCUUUCAUUCUCUUAUCCCAUGAAACUUACUGACUUUAAGGUCAUUUAAACACCAUCUUCUCCCUGGAUAAGGUGGUGUUGGGAUAGACAGCAUUUUCCAGUGAUUGUUUCUAAUUCUUUUUACGAAUCAAUUCUUAGAGAUCUUGAGGAUAACUUUCCAUAGUAAAUCAGAAAAUAGCCAAGUGGAUCAUCUGAAAGGAAAUGUAUUUUUCAGGAAAGUGAAGCCCAGUGUGGGUGGUAAAGCUGUGCCUCAUCAAGGAAUUUCAGGACUCGUGUGUGUGUGUGUGUGUGUUUACGUGUUCUUGCUGCAGCGUGACAAACUUAAAAGAUGUGGAAAAGACAGGUAAUGCCUCUGAAGGCCUGGGGUGACUGUGGAAAGUGGGGGUGUAUUUUCUGACCUGUGGGACUACGGAAAGACCACCCGAGAUGUUCUGCUGGUGAAGGGCCGUUUCCAACGCAGGUGUGCCCUGACCCCGCUCAGAGCUGCGGUCCCCCAUGGCCAGCCUCCUCUCCAGACAGCUGGUUCACCUGAGCAUCCAGUGGGCUUUGCCUCCAGCUGGUGGCUCAGUGAUCAAAGACAUGUGUUCACUUUGUACAAGAACUUCUAACAACUGUAACUUUUCUCAUCACAUUUCAUAAUUUGCCUCCUGAAGAUCUUUAGGGCUUCUCUAGUCACGCUUCUUGGAGACUUCAAGGAACAGAAACUGGUCGAGGGUGGGCCGGGGUGACUGCUUGAAGCCAGGUCUCGGGCACGGACCAGCGGGGGCCCCUGCAGCAGGAAAGCCGAGGGCCAGGGACCUCAAGGCCCCCGGUGUCGGUGAGGGCAGUGGACGUCUGUCCACCAGGGUCCAGCGGCUUCCACUCCCACCACCAGGCUCGGCCUUAGGGGAACCUGCUGGUUUCUGGGCUCCCAGUGGGCAGCUCCCCAGCCUGGGCAGCGAGGCCGCGAGCACUGGCCUGCUCAGGGCAAGUGACAGCAGACGGCUGAGAACCUUGAGGCCCGUGUCCCCAGCAGAGCCCCUCCAACCCAAGGCCAGGGAGACACAACCGCCUUUCCUUUAUUUAAGAGUGACUUAAAAAGGAGCAGACAGCAAGCAGUUCCGUAUUCCACGUUCAGACAGUUGUGAAAAUUCAGUUCUCUUUGGACAUGUAUUUCAAAAAGGAGCAGCAGCCCAGACUGGGCCUGGACUGCAGGAAUGGCAGUGAGGUGGGGUUCGGGCUGCGUCCUGACACUCGCUGGGUUGGCGAACCACAGCUGUGCCGAUCUGGGAGAAGGAAGGAAGUGCCCUGAGCCCGCCUGGCACCUGCCCGCACUGGCUGCUCAGUAAGAAUCCGCCCGGACGGCACCCAGAUGGCUGUGCUUCCAAAUGCAGUGCAUUUUGUUUUCAACCGACAUAGCGAUAUGGCAGUUAGAGUCGGAGGACGGGCAGCAUUUUUUUAGAAGUGAAAAGAGAAGUGUAAUUGAAAUCUAAGUAAUCUCUAUGGUAUCCUUUUGUAAUUACGAUUUUAUUUAAUGCCAAAAAGUUUAACUUGAUUCUUGGUGUUAACUGUGAUUCUGGAUUCCUCUGUGCUCUAAGUGAAUUAAUAAGAAGUCACAGAACUGUUUCCCUCUUUCUUUAAUUCUAAACAUUUGAGAUAAAAUUAUUAUGGUAAAUAUUACUUUAGGUCACAAAUAGAUGCAGUUAAAUUGUAACUAAGGUUCUUUUGACCCUAAAAAUUAAGUUAUUUUUAUAUGAUUCUGUCAGGGCCCUAUUUGAACAAAAUGUCUCUAUGUACUGUUAGUUUUUAAAUAUUUACAGAAUAAAGAUUAUCUUAUUUUACACUGUUUUUCCCAGAAAACAUGUUUGAUAAAAUUCUAAAUAAU